UGCGCAACAACUCGCGCCGUCCAUGGCCAUCCAGGAUGAGGCUCCAAAUGCUGCAUCUGAUGCUGUCCCUGCCCUCUUCCAGGAUUGGGCCUGCUUCUUUUUAUUUUUGCCUGAAUUGGAUGAAUCCAAGAACGAGUCGAGCACCAGCGCUCGGCUAUCUCCGCGAAAGCCGAGUCAUGGUCGGGGAUACCAGCUCCACCACACACCCCCAUGGUCAUCCACAAUAUCACCGAAUCGACACCGCUCUUGAUCAUCACCACAGCCGUCCAGCGACCUCAGCUGAGUUUUUCGCUGCAUUUGACCUCAUAAAUAGUUGAUCUCGUGAUGUUUCAUGGGCUGACAGAAAGGACCAGACGCAAUCCAAAUACAGGGAACGCGAUGCUGAACAGGGCACGGUGGAAUUAUCAAUGGCAGAAUCUUCAACAAACCUUGAACCCUUCCAAUGAAAAUCAACCUGGGCUUUUUUGCAGCGAACUCUCGAACCAGGGUGGGAGUGGGAACCCUGAGCUAGGCCAGAGCAUGGAACAAAGUCGACAUGUGAUCCCGGCAUUCUCAACGGUCUCUCCCAGACCGGAUAAACACCACAACGGCUCGCUGAAACCGCCCAUAUACGCAUCCUAUUACAGAGACACAUUUUAAAUCGAACAUCUGAACGACAACAAAUUGAGUUCAAGGCAUGUAGUAGGUAGAACCCUUAUAUCGGCAGUGCUAUGAAAUCCUGGAGGUUUGGAUGCCGUGGUGAAAUUUAACAUCCUCCCCACUCCCGACAUCUGGAUCCGUGUCAGGCUGGGUAGGCCCGAGAAUAUGGCCGCUUCAAGAGGAAGAAACAAAACCCACCCACAAACGUCAUCUCAAUGUCUGAUCCAGAGCGUUGGAGCUCUCUCGGGCCUUCCGAGUUCGUCCGAACUUUGGCUUUUCUCUCCGCAAAAACCAUCCCCGCGGCAAGGUCCAACCCCAGAUAUGCACAGGGGCAAGUGGAGAGGCUCAACUGCCUGGGACGAAGCCACAGGCCACGAGGACAGCAAAAAGACUUCACAGAACAUGGGGUGUUGUGGAGGGAUUCACCGGGGUAGUCGGGGUAGGGUCGGGGUCGAAGGUUCGUCGAAGCUCAUGAGAGCAAAGGGUUCGGAAUUAUCUGAAGUAUUUAUCACCUGCUUCAUACCUCGUCUCAGUCCUCCCUUACCUCCCGUCCCGGUUCUCAUUGUCUCACUCUAUCACCGACGACAACCACCGACCCUAAAACACCAACACUCACCCUCCUUCACCUACCAUCUCAACACCAGCACAACCGCCUCAACUCAGUCAACAUGCCCGGUGGCGCGGCUCCCCCCGUUGGGGUUGACACCCUCAGGGUGGAAGCCCCCGUUACCAUGAAGGCGUACCUGAUGUGCGUCUUCGCUGCCUUUGGUGGUAUCUUCUUCGGUUACGACUCUGGUUACAUCGCCGGUGUGAUGGGUAUGGAUUUCUUCAUCAAGACCAUGGAAGGCCCCGGUGCUCUCGUCCUCCCCGCCUGGAAGAAAUCUCUCAUCACCUCUAUCUUGUCUGCUGGUACAUUCUUCGGUUCGCUCGCCGCUGGUGAUCUGGCCGAUUGGAUUGGUCGCAAGUUCACUGUCAUCUUGGGUUGCAUGGUCUUUAUCGUCGGUGUGGUCCUCCAAACCGCCUCCGCCUCUCUCGGCUUGAUCGUCGCUGGUAGACUCAUCGCCGGUUUCGGUGUGGGUUUCGUCUCGGCCAUCAUCAUUCUCUACAUGAGCGAAAUCGCCCCUCGCAAGGUUAGAGGCGCCAUCGUUUCCGGAUACCAGUUCUGCAUCUGCAUUGGUCUGCUUCUUGCCAGCUGCGUCAAUUAUGCCACCCAGGACCGCGAUGACAGCGCCAGCUACCGUGUCCCUAUCGGUCUUCAGAUGGCUUGGGCUUUGAUUCUCGCCGGCGGUUUGGCUCUCCUUCCCGAGUCGCCCAGAUUCUUCGUUCGCAAGGGCCAGCUCGACAAGGCGCGUGUCACUCUCGCCAGACUGAGAGAUCAGCCUCUUGAUUCCGAGUACAUCCGCGAUGAGCUUGCCGAGAUCAUUGCCAACCACGAGUACGAGACUAGCAUUGCGCCCGUCGGCGGCUACUGGUCCGCCUGGAUGGUCUGCUUCCAGGGUUCCAUCUUCAACAGCAGCAGCAACCUCCGCCGCACUGUCCUCGGCACCUCCCUCCAGAUGAUGCAGCAGUGGACCGGCUGCAACUUUGUCUUUUACUUCGGCACCACCUUCUUCCAGCAGCUCGGCACAAUCUCCAACCCCUUCCUCAUUUCCCUCAUCACCACCCUCGUCAACGUCUGCUCUACUCCCAUUUCCUUCUGGAGCAUGGAGAGAGUCGGCCGGAGACCUCUUUUGAUCUGGGGCGCCCUGGGCAUGGUUAUCUGCCAGUACAUUGUCGCCAUCAUCGGCACCGUCAAGCCCGACGACGAUAACUGCGUCAAGGCCAUGAUUGCCUUCAUCUGCAUUUACAUCUUCUUCUUUGCCACCACCUGGGGCCCCGGCGCCUGGGUUGUCAUUGGCGAGGUCUUCCCUCUGCCCAUGCGCGCCAAGGGUGUGGCUCUUUCCACUGCCUCCAACUGGCUCUGGAACUGCAUCAUCGCCGUCAUCACCCCCUACAUGGUCGACUCGGACAAGGGUAACCUCGGCGCCAAGGUCUUCUGGAUCUGGGGCAGCUUGUGCUGCUGCUGCUUCCUCUACGCCUUCCUCCUCGUGCCCGAGACCAAGGGUCUCACGCUCGAGCAGGUCGACCAGAUGCUCAACGAGACCACGCCCCGUACUUCUGCCCGCUGGGUCCCCCACAGCACCUAUGCUGGCGGUGAGAAGGCCGAGAAGUCAGUGCAGCAUCACGAGGAGAAGGUUACUCCUUCUGGGAGCGAUGGAGAGAGCCAGGUUUAAGUUGGCCAACUCGGGUGUUGGGAAUCAAAUCAUAAUUCGGUGUUUUUGGGUUUUACAUACCAUUUUUAUUAGCUAGUUUGUUUCUUUUUGCGAUACCAUCAUCAUCGGGUACUAUGGAGGCGGGAAUUUGGAUAUCAAAAAGGCUAUCUGGAGGGUGUAAUACCAUGAAUAAUUAGCGCAUGACUUGAAUGAGAAUUUGAAUCAAGAAUAAUCUCAA